AUGUGUUCAUAUGAUUCAAUACGUAUUAGUGUCUCAGCUUACAAUCGAUCUGUAUGUGUUUGUCCUAUUAAUAAAUUUGGUGAUCGAUGUCUUCUUAUCGAUACAAUGUGUGAAAUGGAUAAGAAUUUAACAUGUCAACAUGAUGAACAAUGUAUUCCUUCUGAUGAAUAUAUGAUAUCGAAUCAAAAAUUUGUAUGUAUUUGUCCAAAAGGCUAUAUUGGUGAUCGAUGUGAAAUAGUUGAUAAUAAAAUAAUUCUAUUAUUUGGAAAGAGCAUUAUUUUAUCACAAUCGAUACAUAUUCAUUUCAUUGAAGUUAUUAAUAUUGAUAUACCAAUGAGAACACCAUUGUCCACAUAUAAAUGA